UAACACCAAGUAAUUGAUACAUAUCAGACAUUGAAACGAAAAGAAAGCAAAACGAAAUGGAGGAAAAUCACAUCAAGAGAAAACCCAGAAUUCUGUGCCUUCAUGGAUUCAGGUCAAGUGCAGAGAUUCUCAAGAAACAGGUCUCUGUAUGGCCUGAAACAGUGCUCGAAAGGCUGGAUCUUCAUUUCCUCAAUGCCCCAUUUCCUGCUGAAGGAAAGUCUGGUCAUGAAGGCAUAUUCGAUCCUCCUUACUUUGAGUGGUUUCAAGCUAACGAGGAUUAUAGCGAGUACCGGAAUUUUGAAGAAUGUGUUGCUUAUAUAGAGCAUUACACGAUGAAACAUGGACCCUUUGACGGGUUUCUAGGUUUCUCCCAGGGGGCACUUCUGACAGCAGCAUUGCCAGGAAUGCAGUUACAUGGGGUGACUCUGACCAAGGUUCCGAGGAUUAAGUUUGUGAUAGUCAUAUCAGGAGGAAAGCUUGGAGGAUCCAAGUUCGGAUUACCUGAAAUGGCUGCCUCUGCAUUUUCAUCCCUCAUUGAGUGUCCCUCUCUCCACAUCAUGGGUAUUGAUUUGUUCGCUCUUUAUGUCCCAAGUGAGAUAAAAUGGUAGGAUUUAUAAUAAGUUACUCAUAAGGGCAUGGUCUGUGUAGGUGAGAAAGAUUUUGCGAAGCCAGAGGCGAUGGCUCUACUUGAAUCAUUUCUGGACCCAGUUGUGAUUCAUCAC